AUUCACACACAGUUUGCCGAAAGAAGUUAGGAAAGCAUGACUUGACAGGAGGAAGCAGAGUCAUGUGGGAUUAUCUGCUUGUCCUCCGUUGUUUCUGGCACACAACCAGUUAAACACUUCUGGCUGGGUUACUCAGCCAGGUGUGGCCUUCUGUAAACCUGAUACUCAACUCCAGAGAAAGCAGAAAAGUUAGUGACUCGACUUGGUAGUUCCUUGAACAUGGCCGGCACAGAAGAAACUUCCAAGCCAUUCCCCAAAUGCCAAAGUUGUGGAGAAAUCUCAUCCACUCCACAGGACAAGGACAAUGUGGUCAAGAUGUCUAAAAGCCACUCCAUGGCAGAAAUAGAACCAUUGAAAGUUCCUGUGGAAACAGGAGAAGCAAAUGCUACCUUUAUGGAGAAAACUGAGGAGCCUACAGGUGAUGAGGUUUGGUGUGACUUCUGCCUGGAGACCAAGGUGAAAGCUGUGAAGACCUGUCUUACUUGCAUGGUGAAUUACUGCACUACCCACCUCAGACCUCACCUGGAUAACCCCAAACUGCACACUCAUCAGUUGGUGCCCCCUGUGAAUGAUGCCGCCUUGAGGUCCUGCAGCCUCCAUAAUAAACCUCUGGAUUGGUUCUGUAAAGAGCACCUGAUAUGUGUAUGUGAGGAAUGCGCAGAGGGGGACCACAAGGACCACAACCCAAUCCCUUGUUCAAAAGCAAGGAAGCAGGUGGAGACAGAAGUUCAAGAGAUGGUCACUGAAUACGACUUCAAGCUGAAAUGUGCAGAGAAUGCCAUUGUCAAGCUGGAGGCAAACACAACAUCUAUACAGAACUCUGUAGCGGAAGCCAAACGAACCACAGAUCUUCAGUUUCAAGAACUUCAAGAUGCCGUCAAGAAUGCUCAUUCCAAAGUGCUGGAGUUCCUGGAACAACGUGAGCGAGCGGCUAUCAACCAGUCCAUCGGUAUUAAGACCCACCUCGAACAGCAGUGCAAUGAAAUUAGGAAGAUUAAAGCUAAAGUGGAGGGGAUUGCCAAACACACAAACGAGUUCUGCUUCCUCCAGGAAUAUUGUGAAUUUAAGAAGGCCGCAGGAGACGACACCCUCCCCAGCGUUUAUAUCGGAUUUAUAGACAAGUUGUCUGGGAUCAGGAAGGUGCUAAAAGAUUCAACCACCAAAGUUAUUCAUGUCCUGCAGACCUCAUACAUGGAUAAUCUUCAGGAGUUUGCUAAGGAAGAGGAUGUAGGGAUGAAGACCAUGGUAUCCGCAAUUAUGUCAAAGAAUCACAAGUUAACAGCUCCCGACCCCUCCACUAGAGAAGACUUUCUGAAAUACAAAACAAACGUUACCCUGGACCCGGUAACCGCUCACUGCUUCCUGAGGUUACUGCAGAACAACCGUAAAGUGAACAAUGUAUCUCCAUGGCAACAGUCGUACCCGGAACACCCAGAAAGGUUCGAGCACUGGCGUCAGGUUCUAAGUGAAGAAAGUUUUUACAUGGGUCGCCACUACUUCGAGGCUGAAUUCAAAGGGGAGGUCAUCUACAUUGGCAUGACCUACAACAGCAUUGACCGGAAGGGGACGGAGAGUAACAGCAACAUUACUGGAAAUGAUUUCUCCUGGACCCUCAAAUGGAACGGUAAAGAAUUUUCCGCCUGGCACAGCGAUGUGGAGACACCACUAAAGAAGGAGAAGUUUUCAAGGAUUGGAGUCUAUAUAGAUUACCAGAGAGGCACGGUGGCCUUCUAUGGGGUCAAGGACACCAUGACUCUUCUCCACAGGUUUGAGGGCACCUUUUCCGAACCCCUUUAUGCUGCCUUUUGGCUUCCCAAAAAGGAAAGCUCAGUGACCAUAAUUAGUCCAGAUGACAUGGCCCAAAGUGUGCCAAGCAUGGAAACCAAGGUGUUGACAGCCACUUCCAAGGAGACCAUCAUGCUGACUACUUCUAAGACGGACGUUUUAAUCAAUACCACAGUUCAGACCAUCAAGGUGGAGACAAGUAGCAGUGUUCUGCCCAGCAGUGUUAAUAAAUGAUUCCAAAUUAGUGAAAUUUGUAUUACACUUUGUUUUUCCUGUUGCAAAGACUACUGCAUUGUAGGAGUGCAAAGCAUCCUGGGAAAGAGAAGUCUC